AUGACAGAGAGAAUUCCAGAAGUACGAUCGACGAUAGACGAGGUCAUCGACAGCAACGAUCACGUGCUAUCGUCGUUCGUCAUUGCGGCCUUCUCAGUUACGACCGGAGUUUUGGUCGCCGUUUUCUUCGCGGAUCAACUCGUCAAGAGAUUAAACGGUCAAUUGGUAAUAAAACCGGGGAAAAAAAUACUAAUUAUGCAGCCGGAUGCUGUGGAUGGCAAGCAUGACGGUAAUAAUCAUCUAACAAAGGCUAGAAUCAUCUCGAAGCAUCAGAGUCACGAGCAAGUUCGGCGAGAGAUGAUAAUUCCAUAUCAACAAAGGUCCUGCCGUAACCGCAAAGAUUGGACGACUCUACCAACAUCAACACAUGCGGCAAACACCAUAAAUCCUAUCAGACGUAUCGUUGACGCUGUAAGUGUGGCGCCAAAUCCAGACAAGAGCCUAAUCAAACUUCAUCUGGGAGAUCCAACGCUCACCGGAGCACUUCCACCUAGUCAGGUUGCCGUGGAUGCUCUGGUUGAAGCUGUGAAAUCUCACAAGAACGACGGCUACGGUCCCGCUGUUGGUACGCAGGCGGCGCGAGAAGCUGUUGCCACAAGGUACACUCAUCCAGAGGCACCAAUUUCGGCGGAUGACGUGAUCCUGGCAAGUGGUUGCUCGCAUGCGUUGCAGAUGGCCAUAGAAGGAAUAGCGAAUCCUGGUGACAACAUUUUGAUUCCGCAACCAGGAUUUCCUCUAUACUCUACGUUGUGCAGACCGCAUGGUAUCGAGGACCGCACCUACAAAAUUGACAUGACGAAUGGCGGUCAAAUCGACUUGGAACACCUCGAGACGCUGAUUGAUGAUAGAACCCGAGCUUUGAUUGUGAAUAAUCCUGGAAAUCCGACCGGUGUGGUGUUCAGCAAAGAACAUCUGGAAGAUAUUUUGGCCCUGGCUUGUCGUCAUCGUCUUGUAGUCAUUGCGGACGAGAUCUAUGGAGACCUCACGUACGAUGGUGCUGUAUUCCAUCCGAUUGCAACGCUGUCGCCUAAGGUACCCAUAAUAACCUGUGACGGUAUUGCCAAGCGCUGGAUGGUGCCAGGAUGGAGGCUUGGUUGGCUGAUCGUUCACGAUCGUUUCCGAGUGCUCAGCGAUGUCCGCAAAGGUCUUGUCGCUCUGUCGCAAAAGAUCGUUGGUCCUUGUUCGCUGGUCCAAGGAGCGCUGCCAAAAAUCCUCAAAGACACUCCGGAAGAGUACUUUGAGCACAAUAGAAGAGUGAUAUCCAGAAAUGCAGCCAUUGUCCAUAAAACCCUCGAACAUCUUGAUGGAAUCAAAUGUUUGAAACCGCAUGGUGCUAUGUACAUGAUGAUCGGCAUAGAAAAAUCGCUUUAUGGUGAUGACAUCCAAUUUGUGUCGAACCUUAUCAAGGAAGAGUCCGUCUUCUGUCUCCCUGGAUCAGCGUUCUCAGCCCCCGGCUGGAUUCGACUAGUUAUCACUCAUACUGAAGAAAUCACCGAAGACGCAGCAUCACGAAUCCGAUUAUUUUGUGAACGAUGCCUGAUCAACGCAGAUCUCGUGGACGUAGACGAAUCCUCGGAUGAGGGAUGCGAUAUCUCCAAUAGUGAAUCAUUUUAA